AAAUCGUUCCUCCUCCCUCCUGAAUUUUUUGAAAGGCCAGACGAGUAUCGAAGCCCAUAAAUAUGUCAAACAAGGGCAGCUCGGAUGGCAUAGAUCGUUGAUCUUCACUCAAGGAUGAUGUACUCCCAGAUUUUGUUGGCGACGACGUUGAUCCUGUCCUUGACGGGUGUCGCUUUCGGUGAUGGACAACACAGUGGCAGCAGAGAUCGUGCUGCAGCUAGGGCUGCUCGCCAAGCACAGCGAGCUGUUACCGAAGAUGCGGCGUAUUGGAAUCAACUUGGUCAGCAACUGCUUCUGGACGAACUGGGCAAACAGCGAAUCAAUACCCAAGCCAAAAACAUUAUUUUCUUUCUCGGCGACGGUAUGUCAAUCUCAACCGUAACGGCCGCUCGAAUCUACAAGGGACAGAAGGCAGGCAAAACCGGUGAAGAAGAGCAGCUGUACUUUGAUCGAUUUCCUUACACCGCUCUCUCAAGGACCUAUUGCACGGAUGCCCAAGUAGCCGACUCUGCCUGCUCUGCUACUGCUUACCUGUGUGGUGUCAAGACAGACACGGAUACGAUCGGAAUCGAUGCCAACGUUGAAUUUAAUAAUUGUACUACUCAAAAUGAUCCAUCCACUCACGUUGAUUCCGUCAUGGCUUGGGCUCAGGCUGCUAACAAAGGAACGGGAAUCGUGACAACUACACGCAUUACUCACGCCACACCAGCUGGAACUUACGCUCAUGUUGCCAAUCGCGAUUGGGAAGACGACUACGCGCAAUCUUUCGAUGGUGCAGACUCAAACGUUUGCGACGACAUCGCCGAACAACUCGUUCUCAAAAACCCCGGCCAAAAUUUUAAGGUCAUUUUGGGAGGUGGUCGUGCUUAUUUCACACCAAGGACUGCCACAGAUCCCGAAACCGGAGCAGCUGGUCGUCGUCGAGAUGGCAAAGAUUUGAUUGGACAGUGGACAGCUAAUCACCCGACUGGCAAAUACAUUACCACUCGCGAUGAAUUGGUUAAUCUGGAUGUUGCUGGAACUGAUUCUGUCUUCGGUUUGUUCAGCCCAUCUCACAUGGAAUACUUUUUGGAAUCCGGCACGGCCAAUAAUCCAUCAUUGGAGGAGAUGACACGGACAGCUAUCCGAAUGUUGCAAAAGGAGGCCAACGGUUAUGUUUUGCUCGUCGAAGGUGGAAGGAUCGAUCAGGCCCAUCACGACGGGCGGGCUAAAGUAGCCCUUGAAGAGGCCUUCCAGUUCGAUUUGGCCAUCGCCGCUGCUGUCAAUCUUACAGACCCAGCUGACACGCUCAUCAUCGUUACGGCAGAUCACUCACAUACCAUGACAAUCAACGGCUAUCCCGAUCGUGGCAACGACAUUCUAGGCCUAGUUGGUUAUUUGGCUUCUGAUCUGAAACCCUACACAACUCUGGGUUAUGCCAAUGGACCCGGCUAUGUUAACGGCUACGCGGGAGGAGUACGUGUUGAUUUGACCAAUGUCGAUACGACUGCUGAUACAUUCAAGCAGCCAGCGUUGGUUCCUCUUGCGUCCGAGACACACGGUGGCGAUGAUGUCGCUAUUUUCGCUCGUGGUCCUCAAGCGCAUCUUUUUCAAGGAGCCUACGAGCAACACUACAUCGCUCACGUUAUGGGAUAUGCAGCCUGUAUUGGUCCUGGCGUUAAAUUCUGCGACGUUCCGCGAAAUCGUUAUUAAAUAACUCGUUUUUAUUGAGUACCUGAACUGGAUUUUCUACAGUUAUGGCAAUUGUCCAAAUGCGCACUAACAUUUGGAAAUUGAAACACUAUCUUCGAUUGGCUUACAUCCACUAACACUAAGGUUCUUUAAGAAUUAUAUUUACCUGACCAUCAACCUCUUUCUUGAUAUUACAUGUUGUUCAGAAAUCGAAAUACAAUUAUUCAAUCGAA